AUGUCUAAGCGUUCUCGAAGCGAGUCCAACAGCCCUUCGGCUGGCCCAGAGGCUCGAUCAAGAUCUUACUCUCCAGCAUCGUCCACCACCUCCCUUGGACGUGCGAAGAUCCAUCUGCUAGACACCGUCACCGAUAUCUCUGAAUUGAUGCACUGUUCCCUGCCACCCCAUCGGGGAACCCUAUCAUUCUCUUCCUACGAGGAAUACGAAGUCCACUACCUCCAGGCGCACGUCAACCGAUGCUCGGAGUGUGGGAGAAACUUUCCCACCGACCGAAUUUUGAACCUGCACAUCGAAGAGAAUCAUGAUCCAUUGACCGCGGAAAAGAGGGAACGAGGGGAGAAAACGUACGGUUGCUUUAUUGAGGAUUGCGAGCGCAAAUGCUCAACGCCUCAGAAACGUAGAAUGCAUCUAAUAGAUAAGCAUAUGUUUCCCAAGACCUACAACUUCUUCAUUGUGAACGAUGGUAUCGACAAGGAGACAUCUUUGCUGAGGCCGGUGAAUGCCAGCAGCCGUCGCAUGCCAACUACCCCUACGUCACCGCAGGAGGGCCGAUUGAAGUACAGAAAGGCCUCUUUAUCGUCUUGUUCCGACCCUGCACCCAGGCCAGCCCCUGCACGGAGCUCGGGGUCCGGGCUGGUGUCGGAUGAACCGGGAAUAUCUCAGCUUGAACAUUCGAUGUCCGCCCUUAAAUUUGUCCCGACAAGCGUUACAACCAAAGGAAAAGCCAGGUCCAAUUCUUGA